AUGAUAACCAGAACAGGGGCCGUCGCGCGUGCCCUACGAACUGGCCUCACCAGUUGCACAAGAUUGCCGCUUAAAUCUCAGGACGGGCUAUUUUGCGGGUCGCAACUGGGCUGGAAACAAAUGUCAACAGCUGCUCCCAGGGCGACAGCUUCAGGCCCGGCCGAGAAUCCGAUAAUACUCAAAGUCGCCAACUUCAAAGAGACCGAGGCCAAACGGCCAAGCUUUGACCACAGUGACAAGCCCAUCCCGGUCACCAAGUCGCCAAACACCAACUGGAAGUAUGGGGAUGGCGUGGCAAUCGACGCUGCAUCGGGGACUCUUCGUCACGAGGAGAUUGACCCAUACGCCCCGGACCGAGCAAUGGUCAACAACUACCGCCUCUUGGUGUCUGGCAUAGCGCCGCGCCCCGUCGGCUUCGUCAGCACGGUGUCUGCGGAUGGGAAGACCGAGAACCUGGCCCCCUUCAGUUAUUUCCAGGUCGUGGAGCACGAUCCGCCCAUGUUCAUCGUGAGCUUCUCUUCGCGGCCCGGGAGGAUGAAGGACACGUACCGGAACCUGAAAGAUACCGGCGAGUGCGUGAUUAACACCGUCUCCGAGAACAUGAUCGAGGCUGUCAACGCCACAUCCAUCGACGCUCCAGAAGGAGUGUCAGAGUGGGAUGUGUCAGGACUACGCAAGGCGCCGACUUCGACGGUGAAGCCUAAACGGGUGCGGGAAUCUGUAUUCUCUAUCGAGGGCAAGGUGGUGGACGUCAAGGAGUUCAAGCAUCAUGGGAAAGGAGGCAAGAGUGUUGCAGGUAUGGUGCUCAUCCAGGCAACGCGCUUCUGGGUUCGUGAAGACGCAGCCAAUGCGGAUUUCAGUCACAUCGAUCUCAAUAAACUGCGGCCCGUCGCACAACUUGGCGGAAUGGCCUACGGACGUAUAACGUCGACCUUUGACCUGCCUCGGCCGCGAUGGGAAGAUGAGCAGCCCAAUAGCGACUUGUUGACGCAGCUGAAACCGUCAGAGUCAGAAUCACAGAACAUAGAUUAUAGAUAG